AUGGCCACCCCUAGUGUCCUGGCCUUUGACGCUGAGGGUCGCGCCAUUGACUUUGCGGUCUGGGUCGAGGACCUGCAGCUGUACUUGCAGUGCAAUUCAGUAGAUGACAUCUCUCUCUUUGACUUUGCCUCUGGCGCUGUCCCUGCCCCUCCUGCUGAUGCUGACCCCACUGUUCGCUCCAAGUGGGCCACACGCGAUGCUGCUGCACGUCUUGCUGUGCGUCGCCACCUCCCUUCCUCUGAGCGUGCACACUCUAGUCAGUGCAAGAGUGCUCAGGCCUUGUACGACGCUGUAGUUGCGCGCUACUCCUCCCCUUCCACUGCUACAUUGAGCCGCCUCAUGCUACCUUACCUCUUCCCUGACCUUGCUGCCUUUCCUACACUCGCUGACCUCUUUACCCACCUUCGCGCUAGUGACACUCGCUACCGAGCUGCGCUUCCUGCUGCCUUCUGCGCCGAUAACCCCCCUCCCAUGUACAUCACCCUCUACUUUCUCGUCACCCGUCUCCCUGAGUCCCUUCGUGCUGUUAGGGACCAGUUUCUCUCUGUCUGUCCCACCACCCUCACUGUCGACCUCCUCGAGAAGUCCCUGCUAGCGGCCGAGAAGAGCAUAGUCGCUGUAGGGGCCUCUCGUUGUGACCCCCGCGCCCCCAUCUUUGAGGGGUGUUCUCCUUCCCCCCUGUUACCCUCUGUCGCCUCUGCUGCUGCGGCCGACCUCGUUGGUCUAAAGUCAGUCGGUGCGGCGUCUGCCCCCAGCGGUAGGCGUCGCUCUGGCAAGGGCAAGGGGGGCAAGGGAGCGGGUGGAGCUAGCGGGGGCGGUGGCGGAGGAGGUGGGGGCGGCGGGGGGAGUGGGGGUGGCGGUGGAGGUGGUGGCGGGGGUGGAGGUACUAGUGGCGGCAGAGGAGGCGGAGGUGGCGGCGGAGGUGGCGGUGGAGGUGGCGGUGGGAGCGGCGGGGGCGAGGGUGGCGGUGGCGGCGGUGGCGGCGGAGACGGGGGUGGCGGUGGUGGAGGUGGUCGGAGUGGCUCGUCCCAGCGGAGCAGCACUGGGGGUGGUCAGCGCCAGCAGCAGAAGCAGCAGCAGCAGCGCUCUCGCGACGUCCCCGCCCCUCAGCAGCUCCGUGAGUGGUACUUGCAGCGUCAGCGUGGUGGGGCGUUCGGUCCAUGCACCUACGUCCUUCGCACCGGCGACCGCGCGGGUGAGCAGUGUGGGGGCACCCACACCGCCCGCCGCUGCUUUGCCCGCUUGACCGACGCUUGGCGCCAGCAGUUUCCGGAGGCCUCUGAGAUCCCCCGCUGGGGAGAGAUGUCUAGGGCUGGUGUAGCUAUCUUUGAUCUUGACUUUGAUGCUAUCCUUGCUGCCAUGUAUGCUGUGACUGUUAGUGAAGAGGGUGACUGUUACCGGUGUUUCCCGCCCGACCCGGGCAUUGGUACUGCUGCGUACUGUGUCGGCUUCGGCCUCUCACACCUUCACCCUUGA